UUCUGCUUGGAUUUGUUGCCAGGGUAUACAGUAGAGAACGACUCGCUCGGGCUCAGCCUUGCAAGCUCUACCAGAGACUUCAGCAGCAAAUCACAGCUGUGGACGAGAGUUUUUCACCUUCUGGAACCUCAGCUAACUCUUUUAGUGUACUAUUUGCUUAUUGUUCAACACACAAUCAAGAAAAUAUCAACAUAUUGCUAUUCAUUAAUUCGACAUUUGAUGGACCUCACAGUAACUCACAACAUUACUCACAAAGAGACCCACAAAGAGCCCAGAGAUGACGAUGAUGACAAGCAGGUGGUCGCAGAGAUCAUGGCGAGAAGCUUCAUCCCAACUCUGAUAACGACUCUUCCGUGGGAAGGCUUUCACUUUGCUGGUCAUGAGAUUCAGAUUACUGAAGGCAAAGAUUGUUAUGGUGCAUUUGUCUGGCCAUCGGCCCUUGUUCUAUGCUANUUUCUGGAGACNCAUGCCAAGCAAUAUAACAUGGUUGAUAAAAAUGUGAUUGAAAUUGGAGCUGGAACAGGGCUUGUCUCCAUUGUGGCAAGCUUACUUGGUGCCCGUGUGACUGCCACAGACUUACCUGAGUUACUCGGAAACCUGCAAUAUAAUAUUUCCAGAAACACCAAAAUGAAAUGCAAGCAUCUGCCUCAGGUCAAAGAACUAUCCUGGGGAGUAGCAUUAGACAGGCAUUUCCCCAGGUCUUCCAAUACCUUUGACUACAUCCUGGCAGCAGAUGUUGUCUAUGCCCAUCCAUUCCUGGAGGAGCUUCUCAUGACCUUUGACCAUCUCUGCAAAGAAACUACCAUUAUACUUUGGGCUAUGAGAUUCAGGCUGGAGAAAGAAAAUAAAUUUGUAGAUAAAUUUAAGGAAUUGUUUGACCUGGAAGAAAUUUCUAGUUUCCCUAGCCUGAAUAUUAAGUUGUACAAAGCUAUGAAGAAAAAUCGGAGGAGUGCCUAGUGCAUCGUGACUGUGAAUGAGGCCAUGAGUGUGCCAAGGUAGUUUUUAGUAAAUCAUUACCUUAAAGAACACACACACAAGAGCUGGGUGUGAGGCCCACGACUUUAAUCCCAGCACUCGGGAGG